CGUCCUGGCCUGCGGCUGCUUCGCGCUCGCCCCUCGACCGCGCUGAGCGAACGGCAUGGAGCUGAGCAGAGGCAUUGUCUCAGCUCCACUACCGCAGCCAGCGCUGCGGACGGCGCCCGCCCCCCGCCUCGGUCGCCGGCAUCCCUUCGGAGCCUUCUCACCGCCGCUACCGCUUUCUCACGUGCGAGAGCAGGGGUGCUUCAUCAGCAGGGCGCUGCGCCCGCCACAGGAGUGGGUGGAGGGCUGGGUCCGGAGCAACGACACGCUCGUCCGCGGCCUGCCCAUCCUCGUCGGCGGCGCCUCCCUCGUCGCUGUCCUCCUCAACCGUGCCGUUUCCGGAAUUGCCGCCGUCGCCGACGCCUCCAGUUCGCAGUCGAGGGCCGACAUUUUAACCCUUGCUCUCUCCGUAACUGACAUUCUUGCCGGCCUCGUUUGGCUGUCCAUCCGUCCCAAAUCCAUUUCUCCGGUGGUUCCUCGAGGUGUCGAAUGCAAACGAGUUGGUCCUGGUGUGUCAAGUUAUGCUCUUCACGAACUACUUUGGACAUGGGAUUCCCUCACUACUGCAACUUGUUGCAAAUCAUUGGUUGUUGUGUAUGGAGGUAAUUGCAUUCUUCAAAUCGGUGUUGCUGCGGGAUCUCCAGAAGAUGGUAAUGCUAUUACUGUGGAUACACAAAAGUUCAUCCAGGGCUCUCUUUACAAAAGUGCAAUGGAAUCCAAGAAACAAUCUUAUCUGGCAAAUCUUGCUCUGUAUCCUGGAAGGUCUGAGUUGCCCUUCUUGCCUGCUAACACACAGGCACUAAUAUUACAACCAGUUGGUGAUAAAGGAAUUGCAAUUGUUGGUGGUGACACUAUAAGAGGGUUCACUAGUAUUGAUCAGGCAUGGAUCGCAAUGAUCGCAGACAAGUUGGAUGCCACAUUGUCGAAGUCUUAUAACUCUUAAGAACUGGGCUGCUUAUUGGAUGUUUGGUUCACCAUCGCCUGCCUCCUGCAAGUGAGGACAUCGUCCUUUUGCGACCUUGUCUGACGUGAUAAUUCAUCGAGCAUACAUGUGGACGGCUGGACGCUGAACCAGGGCCUCUAUAGUCAAAGUUCCAAAUUGGCCAUCUAGUUUAGCAUGGCUCGGUCACAACACCAGGUAGGCAGGGACUGCUUUCUAAAGAGCUGAUGGCUAGCUCAAGCUUUAAUGUCUGACAAGACAUAGACACAUAGGCAAUGGUUUUACAUGUGUUUGCAUUCAUUCCGCUUGAGUUCAUGCAACGAAAUGCAAUA